UAGGCGCACUACGAGUGUGUGUGGGAGUGUGUGUUUGUUUGUGUCUGAGAGAGACAGAGAAGGAGAGACCCACUGGAUAACCACUGUAUUGUGACUCCAACAGUAGUAACACAGAAGAAGAGCAGCAGAGUGUAUGCUCAGAGGAGUUGGAGGAAAAGUCCAGAGAGGAGGGAGUGAGUGUUGGAAAGAAGUCCCUUCACCUCUCUCCAGAGAGCAGGAGGUAAAGCGUCGGUAAGCAAAUAUUAACGAUCUGACAAAAGAGCACACUCCAUCCCCGUGUCCGUGCUGAUCAGACAGCCUUUACCCUGGAGCCGCGCAACAGACGAGCUGGGACACAUACACACUUGCGAGUGGAGUCCCCCGUCACUUCUCUCCACUCACUCAUGAUCAUCACUCCUGCCACACACCGACACAAAGGCCACGCUGACACAGCCAGAAGAGUGGGGCAGAGAAAAGGACACUUGCCCUGUUGCAAGACUUUGUCAAAGUGAAAGUCCUUCCUGGAUUUUAACCCUGAAACUAGAGUCUUCCUUUUGUGCUGACCUUUCCAAGCAUCCCCCCUUUACCCCACUGCAAAGAUGAGCUGCAGGAAAAGAUGCAAGCGUGAGAUCUUCAAGUUCGCACAGUACCUGUUCAGACUCAUCACAGGCACGCUCAACACCGACAGCGUCGAAGAUGAGCUGGAACUAUCGGCAGUCCGCCAUCGCCCAGAAGGCCUGGAACAACUCGAAGCCCAGACGCGGUUCUCCCGAAAGGAGCUACAGAUUCUUUACCGCGGCUUCAAGAAUGAAUGUCCCAGCGGGGUCGUCAACGAAGACACUUUUAAAGACAUCUACGCACAGUUCUUCCCGCAAGGAGAUGCUUCGACAUACGCACACUUCCUGUUCAAUGCUUUUGACACGGAUCACAAUGGCUCUGUGAGUUUUGAGGAUUUUGUCAUGGGUCUCUCUAUCCUCCUGCGUGGCACAGUCCAGGAAAAACUCAACUGGGCCUUCAACCUUUAUGAUAUCAAUAAAGACGGAUAUAUCACUAAAGAGGAAAUGCUGGACAUCAUGAAGGCCAUCUACGACAUGAUGGGAAAAUGCACAUACCCCGUCCUCAAAGAGGAGACGCCCCGUCAGCACGUAGAAGUAUUCUUUCAGAAGAUGGAUAAGAACAAAGACGGCGUGGUAACCAUAGACGAGUUCAUCGACUGUUGCCAAAACGAUGAAAACAUCAUGCGAUCGAUGCACCUCUUUGAAAAUGUUCUUUAAUUUCCGGCUGGCUGUGGAGGAUUUGGAAGAGACCAUCAUCUUUAGCUUGGCCCAGUUACUGACUUGGACUCAUACUGUGUACAGUGUGCUAUGCAGACUUUUUGACCAUAGAUAAAGUUAUUCUUCAUUACAGAGGGCCUCAGUUAUAAGUAGGCGGUAUAGCCGUGGACACUCUGGAGCUGGUUGCCGGUUUCUUUUAAACAAAUUCGGGAAACUUCUAAGUGAAAUAGUGAAAAUGGAUUAAAAAGAGAUGCUUCAAAAUGAAACCAUUAACUUUAAGGUUGAUUUCCGCCUUCUGUCUCUGGAGUGUCUUUGUGUUUGCCGAACUCAGAGUUCUGCCUAAGACGUCCAACGAAAGGCUUCAGACAGAUUUUGUUCUGUUUUAUUUACUGCCAAAUCAGAUCACUGUGACUUUCUGCAGCAUUAGAAACACCCGAACAAAACAUCGGGUGUAACGUCACGCUCCGUCUGCUUUUACAUUCCAGACCGGCUCCCAAUUCCAGAGUGUUCCCGCCCGAUUUAGUUAACCAUCGUGCUCUGUCUUUCUGCUCUUUAAAGGAACUGUUUAGAGGGGGAAAAAAGAAAAAACAAUACAUUUUACCAUUUUAAACUGUACAUACUAUAAAAAACAUUAUUAGAUAAGAACUCUUUGAGAAACUUUUGUUCUUGUUUACUUGCCAACUAGAAUGAGACAACACAAGGAUUGUAUUGAUGUCAAACUUGGACCAUAAUAUCGAUGGUUUGUCUACAGAAGCACACAGGUAGCUCUAUUUAUGAUGUUAUACAACCAUUUCUUUGUCAUAGGAGAAAUGCUGCUUUCAGUGGAAUUCAUUUAACCUCAUGUAUGUAUAUUUCCUGUAAAGUAAAAUCAUCCAUCAGUAUGUUUUUCUUUGGGUUUUAUGAGUUUACACUAGGAGCAGUGCUUGGGAUUAUUUAUAAGGUGUUCAGGUCAUUGUACAGUAUUACAUGAAAAGUCGCCCUCGGGUGAUUUUUCAGGUCUUUAGAUUUGUUCAUAUGAGUCACUGUUUUUAAUAAGAAAGGCCAGUGGGGUUUGGUUAUUGGUACAAACUUUGUAUUAUACUCAUUAGUUUGGGUUUUCUUGCUGUUUCUCUCCUCCUCCUCCAUCCUGUGGGAUGCAGCUGCCCACACCGAUUCAGCCUGAUUGGUUUGAUUGGCUCCCAAAUGUUAGCAAAAACUACUGGAUUAUUGAGAGAAGUGUCUCAAGUGUGUCUGAGUGUUUCUGUCUGACAUGCUCUCUCUUUUUUUCUUGCUCUUUUUCACAGAGACUUGGAUAUUAGACACAGGAAGUAGGCAGAAAUACGACUUAUACUUGAGAACUGUGGUUUAUGGUUCAUCAUGUUUGUCCUUCGAAGUGUACAGUGUGUUUCUACGAUGUAUCACUGGGAGUCGGGAACAUAUGAACCUCCUCAGUGAGGCAUGUUAAUCAUCCAUAAUUUAGUAAAGAAAAUGACACUUUUUUCUCAGCCCUGCUUCUUGUUAUUUAUGUAAAAGGAGAUAGUGUGUUUGGUUUUAGCUUGUUUAACUUGCUGUUUGUUAAACCGCUUGUUUGAGUGUGAUUUGUAUUAUAUUUGCAGAGACCUGAUGAUGAAAAGUAACUUUUAUCCACUACGGAAUACAAAAGAGCAACACGGCUGAUUUGGAAAGUUACAAACAAAUCAAAUAGUUUGCAGACAAAAGCGCGUCAUAUUUUAGAUCUAAAAGUACCAGGCCACCUACACAUUACACCCACAGGAGCGGCUCAGCAAUGGAAACCCAAGCCAUGAAGCGCCCGGUGCACAGUUUCCGUGCUGAUGCUCUGCAACUUCACAAUCUGACACUUCAUGGCUGAGCUGCUGUGUUUCCUAAACACUUCCACUUUCCAAUAAUCCCACUUACAACUGAUCGUGGAAUAUCUUGAAGGGAAGAAAUUUCAUGAACUGACCUGUUGCCGAUGGCUGUCCUAUUACAGCACCACCCUGAAAUUCAUGGAGCUCAUUCGAACCAUUCGUUCACAAAUGUUUGUAAAGGCAGCCUGCGUGGCUCGGUUAUUGAUUUCAUACAUUAAUGGGACUGAAAACACCUGAAAUGAAGAUUAAGAGGCGUGGCCCAAAUACGUUUGACCAUGUAGUGUAUGUUGUACUUACUGGUUCUCACUGAAGCCUCCUGGUGGUAGCAAGGUGGAAUUACACAAGGCGAUUGACUUGAUUCUUUCUUGCCUGAAUGGCAUAAACUGGGAUAUAUAAUAAUAUUGUUGUUUAGAGUGUAUAGAGAAAAAAAGUGGAUGAAAAAAUGAAUUUUGUAUUUUGAAUCUUACUAAGUGUAGCUAAAAUUGAUAUUGAAGAAGGAGGAUGAGCAUCAGUCGUGGUAAGUGCUACUAUCUCUUUAGCAACAAUGCUCUGGUUUAAAAAGAACAGCGACAAUGAGGCGUAUGGAUAUGAAGUUUUCAUUUUAAUAUGCGUCAGAGGGUGAUGUAAUAAAUUGCACUUGUAAACAAAACAUAAACGUUCACAAAGUUGAGCAACAUUUAAAGACAAUAGUUUCCUUGGAUUUUUUUUUUUUUUAAAAAAGGACAUUUAAGGUGAGAAAUGAAAUGCAUCUGGCACAAAUUUCCACAAAAACGAUCUUUCCAGUCAGAUUCCAGCCACUGCUUUCUACAUACUUAAAUUACCUGAGAUAAGUUUGCUUAUAAACCAAACAAUUAUACUGUAUUAUACAGAGACAUGUAGAUUUUAUGAUGUUACAUAUAUCAACGUAAAAGCAGGCAAAUAGAUAACAUUAAUUAUACUGAUGCAAGUACAGUACCUCUUAACAGAAGGUGACCUUACACUGAACGAAGUGAUGAUGUUACAUGUUAUCACUGAACACAAGAUUUAAUGAUUUUGGAUGGUUAUGCAGUAAGCAGAUAGUCCCUUACACUAAUGAUCAGCCGACACAAACAGUAGCUCGACUGUUUUUAUCUGCCAUAAAAGUCGGCGUAUAAAUUAAAACGUGCUGCAGUUGAAGCACAACAGCAGCGCAGGCCCAAACCAACAACAACAAAAAGUCAUAUAUAAAUUCCUAUGUUGGAUUGUUGAGGUAAUCCCUCACUAAAUAUUUUCCGUUUUGAGCACCGACUCUGAGUCGCGCGUAAUUGGAAAAGAAAAAGUGUCACUUUUCAUCAGACAUGUUCUCUAUGUAGAGCCGCAGCUGUGUUCGUCUCAUUGUGCGCUCAGAGCACCCAAACAAAACGCCAUGUUUACCACUGCAUGCAGUGAAGCCAUAAAUGAUCAAAGAAUGAGAUUUUUGGUGGGGGCAUGUGUGAAUCGAAUGCUUUGAAUCACUCGGGGUGCGAUAACAGGACCGCGCUUCGGUCCUGGCAGCCUGUGGCUUUUGUUUCAGCGUUGUUUCUGUUAAAUUAUGAAAUGACGGAUACAUGCUUUAAACAUUUAUUGAAAUGCAUUUUCUGGUCAGACACCAAAAGCGUGAUAAAAUGUAGAAACCUCUGCAAGACCUUUGAAUAUUACAAAUAUUCUCUGAACAUCUGUUGUUUAAAAAGAGUUUUAAAAAGUGAAAUAUACUGAAAUAUACUCAGUCUUCCUGGGAGAGUAGACUAGUGAACGUCUACAGUAUGGCCCACAAAUAACCCCUUGUCUAAUCCAGAUCCUAUAAAUCUACAAAGUAAAAUGGGGAAAAACACUUUAACCGAUUGAAUACACAGAGUGUUGUACUGCUUAUGCCGAUGGGCCUCAUGCCAGAGUGCAUUUCAGCCUCAGGCAUCGAUGCCAGUCCAUCACACAGAGUACCCAAGCGGGAAAUCCUCAAUGUGUUGUCCAUUUCAUUCCCUUAUUUACUUUAAAGUUCCUCAUGUGUCAAGUGGUUAUUUGAAGAUCAUACUGUGGGCCACUAAACAAUGAUAAAGGCAACUUUGGACUCUGGAGGUUGAAUUGACGACGGGCUCUCCCUGGUUCCUAGUUUCUUCUUGUCAUUCUGUGGCUCAUAUUAAAGAUUCAAACAGAACCUAAUGAGACUGACCCUUAGAGGUUUGCACACGGUCCAGUUGGGGAAACUGAGCCCGAACGUGAGCGGGUUAGGUUAGCAGCUGCCUGAUCUCUCGGUGAACGUAGCAAAGGAAGUCCAUGUAGGAAGCCCCGCCGUGCAAGCCUUUGUCCUCCACCAGGAACUGACGGAACAGCAUCUCCGGUUUGUCUUUCUGCCUCACAAUUUGCAGCUGAGCAGGGCAGAAAAGAGAAGCGUGACUGAUUUCCAGUACAGCUGGAACACAGGAGCUGUCACACUACAAAAUCUAUUCACAUUGUUUCUGUUGUCACAGCUGGCACGUUCCUGUUUUUGUGGAACAUGUUUCUCAUCUAUUUUAUCGAAUUUACUUCACUUCACUUCACUUUAAGGCUGAUGUGUGUGUGUGUAUAUGUGUGUGGUCCUCUGUGGAUCCAGGAUUCAAACUUUCUAUAUAUUAACUGCUCAAUAGCACUGGGUGUGCAGUGCAUGGGGCCAUUUGUACAGUGCUUUCUGUAGAUGUACUUUGAUUAGACUAUUUAUAUAGAAACAGGGCAAAACAUGAAUAAAUGAAUGAUGUUUUUGCAACUUUUGGGGGAGUGUAUUUACUGUAAAGCUCCACUAGAGGGAAGCAGAGAUCAACAAAAGCCUCAAUAUCGUCUCUGCCUCACCUCAAGUAAACUAUGUUCUCUCUGGUUUAAAGAGGUUUAAAUAAGUUCAAAUAUAAAGGAUGUGAACUGUGUUUAAACAAU